AUGGAGUCUUACUACCUGACUAGUGACCAUUAUACCCUUAUCAGAAAUGGGUCAAACCCCGAACUUAUCUCCGCGAAAUUGGUCAUUGAUUUGGUUCUCACCGAGUACGGUAUACGGGAACUAACACAGCGUGAGGAAAAGUUACAACAUAGAGCUAGAGCCUUGGAAAAGGCUGUAGCUAUCGAGUCCAAUCAGUUACCGCCCGGCAAGGCCACGGGUAUCGAGUCUACAAGAGCCCAGCUGGAAGAGAAAAAUCAGCAACUUAAAGAGGUUCAACUGCAAUACCAGAGAAAAGAGGUUGUUCGGAUCGAAGAUGAUGUUGCAGCCGGGAUUGUGGAUGUUGCGAACAGAGGCAUCUAUCUAAAAGGAACAGAGGUCAAGACCAUUGCACAAUAG